AAAAAAAGGCUGCAGCAGCAAGGGCAACAGAGGAGCCGUGGAGGUGGCAGGCGCUGCCGGCCGCGAAGAGAGGAAGCAACAAUGGCCUCUCCGCCUCCGCCGUUAGGGUCAGAGACGGCGAUCUCCCCGGCGUACGGCGAGGAGGAGGAGGAGGAGGAGGAGGAGCAGUGCCGCAUCUGCCGCGUCCCUGCGGAGGCGGGGCGCCCCCUGCGGCACCCCUGCGCCUGCCGUGGGUCCAUCCGCUUCGUCCACGACGACUGCCUCCUCCGAUGGCUCGCCACCCGCCGCACCUCCCACUGCGAGGUUUGCAAGCGCCUCAUCUCCACCUGCCCUCUCUACGCCGCGAAUGCUCCUGCAAGGCUCCCCUUGUCCGAGUUCAUGCUCGGCCUCGCCAACAAGCUCAUGGGCUGGUUCUUCCUCCUCCUCUCCCUCCUCGCCGCCAUGUACAUCUGGGAAUUCGUCAUGCCCUUCACCACCCUCUGGAUAUGGCGCCUCGCUCUUGCUAGGAGCUUUGCUCGGGUGCGCCACCUGCUCUCCCUCCGGAUCUUCGCUCAUGCUCAUGGACAUGGCGCCCCCCUCUAUGGCCUUAUGCCUUCUCCCGACGCCGUCUUCGCCUGUGUUUCUAUCAGAAGAGCCUUUCUCCGGGACCUCCCCCACUUCAGGGACCUCAAUCCCCUUGCCAGAUUUGCUGCCCAUGCUCUUGCUCCCUUUGCACUCUGGAUUGCUCGCCUGGAAACUCGUCUCGACCGAAGGUUUGGAGGCUUGGAUAGUUUGCAAGUCAUUGCGCUACAUACCGUUGAAGCUUCCUUGAUGGUGGUACUUCUUGAUGUGAUGCUUGCUUGUGUUUUUGGUUUUAUCCCCUUCUCACUGGGGCGGAUAAUCCUAUUCUGCACAUCGUGCUUCAGUUUUGGAAAUAUGGAUAGAGUCCACUCCUACACUUCAACAUCUUCUAUCCUUUUAGUUGGAUAUGGAUUUAUCUUUUCACUGGGUGUACUUUUCACUGGGUUUCAUACUUUCGACCAGUACUCGAGGGGAGAACACCUCACAAUUGCAGUUUUCUUCAAGGUCUUGACCAAUGGAAUGUACAGACUAUUCAGCCCUCUUAGAAGGUUGCCUGGUAUACAUGUAAUGGUCCAGAUGGCAUUGUCUUUCUUGCGACUGUUCUUCAGAGGGAUCAUAAAUCUAGUCACCGUUGCCAAUAUUUCAGUUAAUCUCAUUAAUGUGAUUGCAAUAUGGCCGUUGUUCUUUGGCUGGUCAGUUGAUAUCUGUGCUUCACAAUUGUUUGGUGAAACAAUAUAUCAGAAGCUUGAACUUCUAUUUGCCUCAUCUUUUGCUUCUACUGCUCUUCAUUGGCUCAUUGGAUGCAUCUAUUUGAUGUUACUCUCAAUAUUUUCCAGUCCUCUUUGUCUGGUAUUGGGUCCAGGAGUUACUAUUCCCUUUGUCCACUUUUCUGGAGAAGAAAGCUUGAUACAGCUCUUCCGCGAACCAUUCUACAAAUUUUCUUUAAAGCUGCUACCUGGUCUUUUUGUCAGUGCUGUAGAUGUUGCUAUGGUCAUUCUUGUUCCUGUUCAAAUUGCUGGCCAAUUGGCACCUAAGGUGUUCCCAUUAGAUAUAACCUACUUUGAUCCUCCUACUAAGGGAUCAGCAUUUUGGCAAGCACCACGGAACUAUGCAGAGUUACUUUCUGGUGCCCUUCUUCUGAGGUUUCUCAUCUGCAAUACACUCAAAUACCUUCAGCCUGGUCCACUAUUGCAGAAGUUACUGCUGUAUUGGUCUGCCACCACUAGACGUGUUCUUGGUCUGCUUGAUUUAUUGAUUGCCUGGUCUGCUGGAGAUGGUGAAUGCGAGGAUGGAAAUGGUUCCACACGAAAAUUCCACCAUGGUAGCACUUCUGAAGAUGAGUACAAAAGGAGAUUUGCUGCGGUUCGCCUGAUUCUACUUGUAGUGCUCUCAUCGUCAACUCUUGUGAUAUUCAAUUCUGCUGUGCUUAUUGUCCCAGUCUCUAUUGGCCGUGCAUUGUUGUUUGUCAUCCCUAAGUUGCCAAUAGCAGGUGGAUUGAAGUACAAUGAUCUGUUUGCUUUUGCCAUUGGAUUUUGCAUCAUAUCAACUAUCAUUGCCGCCUCUCGAGAUUUAUUUGUCUACAUGGCUUCUGGGAGAACACACCUUCUGGCUUCCGUUAUCUACAAGUGGGGUAUAACUGCUUUGAAGGGUUCUCCACUGCUGUUCAUAUGGAUUGUCAUAAUCCCCCUUCUGAUUGGUCUGCUGGUUAAUUUUCUACUUAUAUCACCCUUCCUCGUGACUGCCAAUGGCAUGUUCGUUAUCGACCUCUUCUGUACUUGGUUCCUAGGGCUGCUACUGCUGAAGUUCUGGGUGAAGUUGGUUCAUUGGACAACGGUCACACCUUUCCUGGUGUAUUUCAUUGAUGAAAGGUGGGACUGGAAGCUUACUCGGGCAAGAGAGGACGGGUUUUCGGGGCUGAGGGCAUUGUGGGUCUUACAAGAUGUAUUGAUGCCUAUCACCUUGAAGCUUCUGACUGCUCUCUGUGUCCCAUAUGCGCUUGCGAAGGGUGUCUUCCCAAACUUUGGCUACCCUGAUGCUGUGAACUUAACAGUAUACCGUUUUGCAUGGUUAGGCGGCUUUGCCUUGUGUGUGCUGUAUGAUCUAGCCAAGGUAUUCUGCAAGGUCCUGGUUAAACUCCAUGAUUCUAUCAGGGACGAGCGCUAUCUUAUUGGGCAGAGGUUGCAAAACUACGUUGACAAUAGCUGAAGACCGUUUGUUUCUUUUUGAGGCAACAGAACACCGUUUCUCGUAGUAGUUAAUACACCGUUUAAACGAUCGAGGAUAUAUAGCUAAUUGCCUGCAGUUCAUAUAGGAUAUAUAUAUAUAUAUGUUUAGUGACUGAUAUUAACAGUAGUUGAAAAUGAUGGAAAUAUCUUGGUGGUAUUACCGUCAACAAGAACACGCUGAGAUCCCAGAAAGAUUUUCCGCUGACGGAAAUUGUAAAUAUGGAUGCAAUCUUCUAUGAGAAUUUGCAUUUUUAUUUCUUUCAGUUUCA